CUCAUCAGUGUACGGAACUGAACUCACCUAAUCAUAGAACGUUAUGGAUCUUUAAACCUCUGACAGACUAGACAUUGAGCAGUAAAUAGAGUUUAUUUGUGUAAGAGAAUUUCAAAGGCGUCGCCCAGUUUUCUCUGUAAUUUAAACGUAAUAAAUACAACAGCGGGUGAAUCAUUUGCUGGAUGAUUGCACCUAGGCCCAUUAGCAAUAGAUACUGACCUAUAAUGAAAGCUCUGAUUCUUGUUGGUGGCUAUGGCACAAGAUUACGGCCGCUCACUCUCACUGUGCCCAAACCACUUGUUGACUUCUGCAACAAACCCAUUCUGCUGCAUCAGGUGGAGGCUUUGGUCAAGGCUGGAGUCCGUCAUGUCAUUCUUGCUGUGAGCUACAUGUCUGAGCUUUUGGAGCGAGAGAUGAGAGCCCAGGAGCAAAGGCUUGGAAUAAAAAUCUCCCUAUCACAUGAAAAAGAACCUCUAGGAACUGCUGGUCCUCUGGCUUUGGCCCGUGAGCUGCUGACCGACAGUGAAGAACCCUUUUUUGUUCUCAAUAGUGAUGUCAUCUGUGAUUUCCCCUUUGACGACAUGCUAAAGUUCCACCAGCAGCAUGGCAGAGAGGGCACAAUUGUUGUGACAAAAGUUGAAGAACCGUCUAAAUAUGGUGUGGUGGUUUAUGAAGGGGAUACCGGGCGAAUACACCGUUUUGUUGAGAAACCGCAAGUGUUUGUCUCCAACAAAAUCAAUGCGGGGAUGUACAUCUUUAGUCCUGCCAUGCUAAGAAGAAUACAGUUGCGACCCACUUCAAUUGAGAAGGAAAUAUUUCCUGUCAUGGCAGAGGAGGGACAACUUUAUGCCAUGGAGCUGCAAGGUUUCUGGAUGGACAUUGGUCAGCCUAAAGACUUUCUGACGGGCAUGUGUAUGUACCUGCAGUCUGUCCGGCAGCAGGCCCCUGAGAGGCUCCGCACUGGACCAGGCUUUCUUGGAAAUGUUCUUGUGGACCCAACAGCAGUGAUUGGGGAGAACUGCACCAUUGGCCCAAAUGUGACGAUCGGAGCUGGGGUGGUUUUGGAGGACGGGGUGAGAGUAAAGCGCUGUACCAUCCUGAAGGGGGCACACAUACGCUCCCACUCCUGGCUGGAAUCAUGCAUCGUGGGAUGGAGCUCCUCAGUUGGGCAGUGGGUGCGAAUGGAAAACGUUACUGUUCUGGGCGAAGAUGUGAUUGUGAAUGAUGAACUCUACAUCAACGGAGCCAAUGUUUUGCCUCAUAAAUCUAUCACAGACUCUGUUCCUGAACCACGAAUCAUCAUGUGAAAAAACCAACAAAAAACUUUCACACCCCUAACAAAGUGCCAGAGUGUGUGCUUGAAAGACUAAUGCUGUUUUCAGUCAACAUGGUGUGAAAGGGGUCAUUUGUUGAGAAUCUGAAUUAUGCAGUAACUGAUUGUGGUGUUUCUGCAGGUUAUUCACACGUAAACUACAGUACAACACCACAUAUGUAUGACCUUUACUGACAAUAACAUCAGAAAUCGCAUUGUUUUGCUACAUUAGACUAGUGCUUGUCUAGAAAAAAAAAUGUUUGUAUUAUUUUCAUUGUCUUCCCGUUUUUUUAAACGGAGCCAUUUAAUAUAUUCAGGAUAAAAUUCUGUGCCUGUAGAAGAAAUGAAAAGUAUGUUUUAUGUACCAGAUAAUGCUUGAUUACUUGAUGCUGAUUACUGUAAAGACAUCAUAAAACCUGAAGUAUUCAAUUAUGCAAAUCGGGUUUUAUUUGUCUUUUAAGGUCUUACACAUUAUGUGCAGAAGAACAAGGAUAAAAACGACAUUCACGUGCUCAUGAAGUGAAGCCUCUGUAAACAAAUGAAGAUUUAUAAUCUUGAUGUCUUUUCUAUCAAAAUUAUAGACCCACAAAACA